GCAAUAAUCACUGAGCGGAGGGCUUACAAUGCAUUGUGGGAAAACAAAAUUUUUGUUUAUAUUUUGGACAGUGUGCUUAGCUUUCUGGCAAGUCACCGCAAUGCCGACCACUUCAGAGACGUCAGCGGGAACGGAUAAUAACUUUACGGCUUCCGAAGAAAACCCUUUUACUAUGCAUGAUCGCAGGUGGCUACCAAAAUUCACCGAGUCGCGUGCAUCAUUCGCUGGGGAGUUGUAGACGCAUGAUCAAGGUUUGUCUUCUACACGGACGGCAUGAUGGAAAAUUUUUUGUCGACGCGGAUAAUCAGAGAUCCUCUUAUCACCGGCGUCUAUAAUUGCUUUGUUGUCGAUGUUCUGGAUGAGGAUGCCACCUAUCGUGGGUAUGUCUGCGCAGUCGACAGUGAUCAUUGUAUGGUGCGAAUUGGUUCCAUGCAGCAAGUACGCCGCGUCCCGAUGGAGAAACUGCGACUAGUGGAGUGGAUGGAAACCAUUCGUGUCCACCCUGACGAUGUGUCGGAUGAGAUUGACGUCCUUGUCAGUGUGGAAGACAAUCAGCCGGAAUCGUGGCAGCCCGCUCGUAUCAUUAGCGGCAUGUCUUUUGAUUCGUUCGCGUUAGUAGAUGUGGAGGUCACCCUGCCGAUGAAAGGGAUCAAACGUUAUUAUGUCCUUGAUUCAUCUAAUGCCGUUUUCAAACGGAUUCGCAGCCGGGGUGUUCUUGGGAACCCCGUUACGGCACACUCGUUUUCCUAUCAGGAGAUUCCGGUUUCAGAAUUCACCUCGUAUUGUGACAACUUUGCUGGUAAUCUGCAGAAAGUACGAGAAAUUUCACGAUUUCACAGUCGCUUAAUGCAGGAAGCUGGUUAUGGUCUGCUUAUGUUCCUCAGCGCGACCGAUGAUCACAUUGCACUAUUGGUCGCGAGCGAUUACAAUCAGAUCGUCAUGGAUCCGAAAACCAAAAUGAAAGUUAUGGAACGCAUAGCGUUCUCUGUGGAUGGGUUUAUGCAAAAGUUGAACCUGGCAACAGAAAAAAUUGCUGGCACCGUUCUGAACGAACUUGUCACACAGGUCGCUGCUGAUCUAGAUUUGAGCGACUCUCGAGAAUUCGUUUUUGAACAUCUACUUGUGGAGCUGAGUAUGGAAGUAUUUUCUUUUCUGGAUAUUUAUGAUCAACAUCAACUCCGCAGAACGUGCAAAUCUUUCCAUCGGCGAUUGUCGCGCAAAACACUUCGACAAUGCGUAAUACUGCCAAAUCAAAAUAAGCAUGUUAUCGAAAGUCUGAAGAUAGACCUUUGCAAAAAUACUGUUCGGAACCUGGCUUAUAUUAUCGGGAAUACUAUCAGCCAAGAUGCCAAAAUUUUGUAUUUCUUCGGAAAUUGGGAUGAAUGUCUGUUUACCCUAGCCCAUGUGUUGAUGAUCAUGGACGUAAAACUCGACUGGUUGGUCAUCGCCAACAACUCCACGCUUUUGCUAAACGAAUUUUUGCCAUUUCCCAAAUGGUCUCCCAUGCUGUGUACAGACGAUUUCACUAAUUUUUACGGAAAUUACUCCCAUCCAGAAAAGGCAGACACGAUAUGUGCUCUCAUUUGCCGACAUAUUGCUCUGAAGAAUUGCUGCUUCGACAGUAGACUGUCGUUUUGCUUCAAGGAGAUUCUGUCGCGCGAGAAGGAGUGGUCAGAGUGGGUCAUAGGUCCUGGGCGACGGAGUUUGCGAUGUUGUUCUGAUCCAUUUUCCAUAGUCAUUCCGCGCUGGCGAUACUGUUUUACGGAGACAGCGACAGCAACUUUUGAAGCGUCCUUCCGAUCUGCAUUAGAAGAUCAUUGUCCAGCACUCAAAAAACGUAUGAUUGAGAACCUUGCCCGUUGGCUGAAUUCCCUGACAAGCGAGGCUUGCGAACCAAGGCGCUGCAUUUGGCCGUUUAUUGCACUCUCUUACGAAAUGUGGAAGGAAAGCCCACCCAAGUGUCUGGAUGACGUUAAAGCCGAUAUAUCUCGUAAGUUUUUCCCGAAGAGUUGUAUUAUGCAGACGCUGGCCUUGCUACUGCCGUGCAUUAGCGGCGGAUUUUGUUGUGUUGCUUACGCAGCCGGAGCCGAAGCACUGCCAAGUCCAGAGUAAAAGGCUAAAAUGCGCUACUGCAGGUCCUGCAGGACAAUUGUACCGAUGCCGACAAAACGCUCAGCUGCUUUUAAUUCGCAGCUACGUACGUGAUUUAUUUUAAUGAAAGUAUACUUGUUCAAAACUCGAAGGCCGUAAAGAAAUGGCCGUAAAGACCCAUCUGGCUAGAAACCACUAAACUAUUUCCGAUGAAAAUUUUCUGUUUUGAUUACUGCCGUAAAGGUCAUAGCCUCGUCGCAUGACGACAUUUAACUUUAACUCCUUCAAACCGAAGACUGCUGAUUGCUAUUUUACCUUUAUUUUACUCACAACCAGCUUACUGAAAAUGCAGCUUAUACCAUCCAAAAGUCUGAUUCAACCUUUGUCACUCGGAAAAGUACGCCAUCGCCCUGUUUUCACAUUAUACUUCGUAUUCGC